AAGAGCGGAGUUGGCAAGAGAGUCAGUUGGACAACUUGUAGAUGUUGAUUUCGUGCCCAAAAAGUAUUAAACGGCAGAAACUCUGUAAGAAUACAAAUUUAUCUAUGUGAACCUAUUUAAUCUAUUAGAUACAGUUUUUCAUUGACUCUGUGUUUCUUCGAGCGGAAAAUUCAAGGUGUGAGCAGCUUUAAAGAGAUUUGCAACCAAAAAUAAUUAUUACGAAUAUUCGCCACAAUAAAUAAGACUCCAAUUUAGUGAGUGUAUUUGAUGUAUGUGUCCACUACAGACAUUUGCUAAUCUUAUUUAUAAGCAAUUCCAACUGAGUGCCGAAAUUGGUUAUGAUGGAUACUUAACAGCCACGUGGAUAGAUCAGCUAAAAAUAGCAUAGAAAUGAAUGUCAACGCGUUUUAAGUGCGCUCAGCACUCGCUGCUGGUGGCCCAUAAAGGAAUCAGGGCCGGAACGUGACUUUUGGCGCAAGUAAAUUGAAGCCGCAGAGCGAUAAAAAAGUGCAAUGCCAACCUGAACGUAAUUCGUUAGCGCAAUCAAACAGAUAAAGGAGACAUAUACAUAUAUAAAUAUAUAUAUAUAUAUAUAUAUAUAGUUUGUCCAUGGCGGCCACUUCAGCUGCAUCAGGAAUGGGCGCAGCCAGGCGACUGCGUCAUCUACCCAGCCCGGCCAUUUGGAUGCUGCUGCUCGCCGCAGCUGCGACGGCAGCCCCGACAUCAACGCCGACCGCGGAUCGGCGUCGGUGCGCACACAAAGGCAUCGCAGAACUGAUUCGCACCAGUCCGGUGAUUGUCAAAGCUCUGGCAGCUCGCAUUUUCACCGAUGCCGAACUGGCCGAGCAGGCGAUGGACACGGCAUCCGCAUCGCAGGCUGCCACAAUUUUAAUAACAUUAACUCCGGAAACGAUAUACAAAGGCGCCUCGCUGCUCAAAAUGGCCAAUGGCGCCGCUGCUGGGACAGGCGAUGGCAGCCUGGGCGCUGACGGCUCUGCGUCCGGCGGAGCGCGACGCGGAGGCUUUGCCAGCGCCGGCGGUUCCAGUGCUUGGAGCGGCAGCGGUGCAGCCUAUCAGUAUGAGGGGCAACUGAAUGCCACAUUGCAGCCGCUGCAAUGCUUCGAUGCUAAUAUGCUGAAAAUGUUGCCCACGGAAUUAAUUGCUUUUGGCAAAUUACUGCCUGCCUCAGCGGUAACCGGCACGGGCUUCCCAGGCAGCCCGGAGGGCGCAGCUGUGGCCUCCAGGCAGAUGCAGCGACCACCGCAGGGAUCGGGCUUGGGCUUGGGCUUGGGUGGUGCCGUUGACAUGGCCAACGACAAGGAUGUGCUGCAUAUCAGCGUCAACGGGCUGCAUCGUUGGACGCCGCAAUUCGAGAAUCAUAUCUGGAAGCAUUUGGGCUGGGACGAUUGGAGCGAUUUUACGCUUUGCAGCGUUACCUGCGGCAAAGGUGUGCAGCAGCGUUUCCGUCGCUGUCUGCUGGACAAUCCACUGGUGAACAUUAACAUGAAUAUGAAUCUGAAUCUGAAUCUGGACGAUGACGAUGCGAUCGAAGAGGACGAGGAGGUGGCCGAGCAGGAGCAGCUGGAUGUCGAGGACGCUGACGAGGCGAAUAAUGAUGCUGCAGAGACAACGACAACGGCAGCAACAGCAACGGCAGCCGCCGCAUUCAAGGCUGAUAAUAAUGAAGUGCUCAGUCAGGACGAUAUACAGGACGAGCCCGAGGAUGCGCUGCUGCUGAUGAUGCAACCAGCAGCUGUUGACUUCCCACUCGACCCAACGACAACUGCAACUGCAGCAGCAGCAGCAGGAGCAGCAACUGGGCUAACAAGCGGCGGUAAUGAAGCGACGGGCACAGGUGUCAGCUUUGUGGCUGUUGCACGUAACGACCGUCGCAGGACACGUGCGAAUAAUCAGCACAAAAAACGCAAAGUGACCAAGAGCCUAGCCCUAUCCACACUAUUAUGCGAGGGCUACAAUAUCGAGCAGCGCAACUGCAACAGUUUCGAGUGCAGCGAUGAUAUCAGCGAUUUGCUCAAGUUCUAUAAGAAGCUGCCCGUGCCGGUCGCCGAGGAGCUGCCAACUGUCGCCAGCUAUGACAAUUUGCCAGCUGACUUCUCCGAGCUGACAACGCCCGUUUCUGUGGGCGUGGCCUACUCGUCGACGCCCGCAAAUAUGGGCUACAUUCGCAGCUGGCGGAAUAUGCUGAACUUUACAUUGAUGAUCACUCUGAGAGCGAAGAAUGAUACGAAAAAUGCUUCGACACUUUUCUCCAUACGCAACGGGACACACAAUUUGUAUCUGGAGGCGUGCAAGGAUGGACUUCGUUUGUAUCUGGAGCGCGACAAUACAACGGAAAUGUUGCCGGUGAAAUUCAAUUUAUAUGAUUAUCGCUGGCAUCAAGUGGCUAUCAGCAUACAAAAUGGCGAUUUCAUAUCGAUUUACGUCGAUUGCCUGUGGACAAACAGUUUUGUUGUCUCGAAGCGACUGUUUACGCUGCCCCUGGACGCGGAUGUGGAAAUUGGACGCGGCUUUAAUGGGGAGCUGCAGCAAUUACUGGUGCUGCCGGAGCACCAAGAGCGGCUGCAGUGCAGCAAUAAGAGGACAUCGAUUAACGAGGUGAAGCGCUACAUUAUCGACACAUUCAUCGAGGACUAUGCCAGCAAUUGAGGCGUGACGGCAUUUAAAUAUGCAUGGUAAACAGAGCCUAUACAAUUCCAAUAACAGGAGCCAAAUCAAAUGAGAAUCGUAAAUGUAUUUGAGUGGCAAACAUGUGAAUGUGUAAUGAAUAAUGCAAAUCAUUUUGAAUGCGCCAUUCAAAUGCAAUGGCUAGAAAUUUCAGUCUAUAAAACUACAUAUAAAUAUGCAAAACCAACAGAAAACAAAGAUAAAUAUAAACACACUACAUAUAUACAUACCAUAUAUUGUGAUUGAUGUUUCCUAGCAGCGCAUUCAAGUAUUGUAAAUUACGAUCUUUCCAUGUGUGUGUGUGUGUGUGUGUGUGUGAGUGUUAUUUUGUAAUUAUAAAUGCACCCACAAUAUACGCACGAGUGUUUAUCAAGUACUCACCGUAGUAUGAAUACAAUUACGAUUGAUGCUUACGAUAUUGCACUAUAUUACACACGAACACAUGUAUGUGAAUGCCAAAAAAACAAUUUAAGUUAAUUUGACAUAAAACAAUAAUUAUAAUGAAAAACAGAAGAAAAAAAAAUAGUUAACUCAAAAAAGAAAACUUAUUA